UGUCUGGCGAGGGCCUGCCCUGCCCGUCUCCUCGGGGCUGCCCUUAAAGGGGCCGCGCCGCCAGCCUCCCAGCUCGGCUCCGCGCGCCAACCACGCUCUCCCUCGGCACCACGCCCUGGCGGCUCCCACUUGCCUCGCCGGGGCCAAAGCGCGCUCGCUUGACAGCAAGCAGGAAGAAAGAGCUGUACUCGUGAGGGGCUUUUUUGAAAAGUCGUCUCUCCCCUCCCGUCCCGAAGGGGGUCUCCCGGUGCCAUGGACUCGUCCGGCAGUUCCAAAGGCUGCAUGGGGAAGUUUUCCUCCUUCGUCCGCACCCAGAAAGGACUGAUUCUCGCCGCAGAAAUAGUCGCAUGUAUCAUCAUCCUAAUCUGCUAUGGAGCCUCAGUUACGUUUGGCUACACCUCUCUGGCUGUCUGCAUGUUGGUUUACUGUAUUGUCAUAUUCAUCAUCUACACAUGUGAACUGGACAACCAGCUGAGUUUCAUCCACUGGGGAUGGACUGAUUUCAUCAGGGCUCUUAUCGGAGCUGUCGCCUUUCUCAUCACUUCCCUUAUCGUCCUCAUUGGGCACCACGAUGGAGCUGGCAUCGCUGCAGGGGUGAUUGGACUUCUGGCAGCGAUCCUCUUUGGCUAUGAUGCCUACACCAUCUUUCCAAAGCUCAGGAAAACACAUACAGCAGCUCCUACGGGAUCUACAGACGGGGUGUGAAGACACUGCCUGUCGCCUCUUCCUUUACAACAAAGCACCACAUUGAACCCAUCUCCUGUUACCUUCUGCUGGAACUGCCACCCGAAGGAAGAUAACCCUUGUCUGCCAAAAUGGCACCCUUGUGGUCUCUUUCUCUCUUCCUCACCUGUCUCUGUAUGGACCAGAGUCCAGAUAAUUCCUUUCUUCUUGUUGCCACAAUCUCUGUCCCCAUUUCUGACUCCGUCCUAACAGUGGAAAGGGAAAGAAGCUUCGUGUCCUUUAGGGAAGGAGGAAAUACUGGCCACUCCAAAGAAUGGGGUGGAGGUUAUGUGCAUAGGAGGCUUCAGAUCGGUUGAGGUGAGGAGUGACUCCAUCUUCCUGUCUCAUUUUUGAAAUGGAGACCUGGGAGGGGAAGUGAGGAAGGCUCUAUAAAUCGAGUGUUGUCCCUUUUUGUACCAAUUUCUCCUUUUUUAAAAAAUGGGGAGAUGGGGGACCAGAGGCUGGAGUUUAUCUGUAAUCCUGUCUCGUGCUGAAGUCUUUAGGUAGGAGGCACAGUUUUGAAGGAAUCCGAUAAAUAGGAUUUUUUUAAAAGAAACCUUUUUUAAUAUAACACCUGAGAAGAGAUUUACCUAUAAACCUUAUUAGGAAAGUUUUAAUUUUUUUAUAAUCAAGCUAAGUUGAUUGUUACUAAUGAUGAGAGGUGACUGGCAAUUUUUCUUUAAAACAAAAAUCAAAAAGUUAUAUUUUGCAGUCCUUCCUACUGUAUUCGGUAAUAAUCUUCCUUUUCUCAUUAGGAAAUAUUUUUAUGGCAAAUCUGCUCUACCUACCCCCCUUUUUCAUGGGGUGGCAGCUGCCCAAUAGGCAAACAUUAUGGGCAAGGUUGUGUGUGCCACAAUUCUGCCCAAACAGAAAGAUGGGUAUAUAGAAAUGCUUGUAAAUUGGCACACAAGACCUGCCCAAAAUUGUGCAGACGAUGGGGGAAGCUUUAUGGGUUAUAUCAAGCAAAAACAAAAGUGGACGUGAUCCACAAAAGCUCACAUUAAACUACAGCUGCUAGUCUUUAAGGCGCCAC